AUGGCGCCCAAAGUGCCACCGAUCAGCCCCGAGCACUUCCCAGGAGGAUCCGAAGUACAGGCAUCGCCGCGAAUCAACGAGCAAACGACUCCAAGGGCCUUGUUUGAGAUGGUCAAGGACGACCAGAAAUGGGCAGUACUUUUGGAUGAUACAACUGCAGGCUUCAAGGGUGGUGACAUCAUUGACUAUCGUUAUCAGCAAUACCUUCAAGAGGUCGUUCCCAUCAUGCUGAAUCACAAUGUUAGCUUCAAGACAGCGGUCGACAUGCUAGCAAGCCGGCUUGGCAAGGCACAAGGAUCCGAGCCGAAAGGAAGCCCGAAGAGGAUUCGCAAGGAGGUGAUGAAAGAUCAAAGCAGAGACCCCAUGCCAAAGCUGCAAGAGGCAAUCGACGAGAAAGAUGAAUCCAUGAUCGGUUAUGAGCCGAAGGCCUUGGACGUGGACAUGCAGCAGAAGUCCUUGAACCGACCUCGCGAUUUCACCAAGGCGACGGGGCGCGCUUCUUCGGAACCCAUCACUCCCAACCGAACAGAGGAGCAAGCACUGUGUCGCCAACAGGGUGCAGCGGCCCCGGUUCGGCCUGAGCCGGUGGCGGAGCGUGUGGUGUAUGUGGAGACACGGCCGCAGGUGACCAACAAGGCGGUAGCCAUCCAGACUGAGGAGGCCCCUCCUGGGCUGCUGCAACCACUGUUGGCACGGCCUGUCCCAAAACCGAAAGCCCGCAACUCGCGAGCCAAGCCAAAGGAGCAGCCAAAGGAAGUGCCAAUACAGUACCAAGACUGUAGCUGCGGGAGGAUCUGUUUCAGUGCAGGUUUGAAGUUUUUGCUGGCCUGCGUGCUGUUCGUGGGCUUGUCAGUCCUCGCGCACGAUUCGAGCAAGGUUCUCGCCUUUUUUGGUGGCACUGUGACAACAAGUCCAGAGCAGCCCAAUCUGCGAAAGAAACCAGCAGCUGCACCUGCACCAGUGGCCAAGCACAAGCAGACGCAGAAAGAGCCGAAGCGAGAGGAGCCAAGCAGUGCUCAUCAAGAUCACAAAGGAUCUGAGCGACAUGCGCCACAAAAGAAAGAACCCGCACACAAGAGUGAGCUUCAGCUUGCCAAAGACAGGCUUGACCACGAGUUGAAGAUACUGGAGCGCUUGGAAGAGGAAAAGUUUGUCCAAUAUCGGCAUCAAUAUCCAAACAAGUGUUCACGCGUGUUCAAUGCCGAGCUGAACGAGUUCUUGGCACGCACCUUGGGAGAAGACGGCUAUGCCGGUGUGGAAGUGCGUGUGACCCCCAUCCGCACGGAGAUCAUCAUCCGCGCCACCAGGACCCGCGAGGUGCUGGGCGAGAAGGGUCGGCGCAUUCGCGAGCUGACGGCCCUGGUGCAGAAGCGCUUUGGUUUUCCAGAGAACAGCGUCGAGCUCUUUGCCGAGCGCGUCGAGAAUCGCGCCAGCUGCGCAAUGGUCAACCGAUCGGCAAGACUUGGGUCUAGCUCAGGCUCCUGGUCCCCGUUGAGCGGAAUAGUUGGGAAUUGGAUGGGCUCAACCCACUCAUGUUCUGCCGUAUGUCAUUGUCAGUGUCUCAACGGAGCCGUCAUCGACUCAGCGAGCUCCAAAGUGGGGACAUUCAUCAUGGAGAACGGCGCCAAGGGAGUAGAGGUCAUCAUCAGCGGCAAGUUGCGCGCCCAGCGAGCCAAGGCCAUGAAGUUUAGACAAGGCUACCUGAUCUCCACGGGAGAGCCCAAGAGACACUACAUCUCAGAGGCAGUUCGGCACGUGCAGAUGCGUCAGGGUACCAUCGGCAUUAAGGUGAAGAUCAUGAUGUCGCACGAUCCUGAAGGCAAGAUGGGACCAAAGAUGCAAUUGCCCGACAACGUCGUUGUGCAUGAGCCAAAGGAAGAGGUUGUGCCAAUGAUGCCACCUCCAGAGCAGGAGGAGCAGCAGUAUAGCUACAACCAGGGCCAGGGCUACGACAACAAUCAGGGCUAUAAUCAAGGCUACAACCAGGGCUAUAACCAGGGCUACAACCAGCAGGAAGGCGUGUUCAACGCCGAGCUGAACGAGUUCUUGGCACGCACCUUGGGAGAAGACGGCUAUGCCGGUGUGGAAGUGCGUGUGACCCCCAUCCGCACGGAGAUCAUCAUCCGCGCCACCAGGACUCGAGAGGUCCUUGGUGAAAAGGGGCGUCGGAUUCGUGAGCUCACUGCCCUGGUGCAGAAGCGCUUCGGCUUUCCCGAGAACAGCGUGGAGCUUUUCGCAGAACGAGUCGAGAACCGUGCCAGCUGUGCCAUGGCUCAGUGUGAGUCUUUGCGCUUCAAGCUGAUUGGUGGCCUUGCAGUGCGCCGUGCCUGCUACGGAGUGCUGAGAUUCAUCAUGGAGAACGGCGCCAAGGGAGUAGAGGUCAUCAUCAGCGGCAAGUUGCGCGCCCAGCGAGCCAAGGCCAUGAAGUUUAGACAAGGCUACCUGAUCUCCACGGGAGAGCCCAAGAGACACUACAUCUCAGAGGCAGUUCGGCACGUGCAGAUGCGUCAGGGUACCAUCGGCAUUAAGGUGAAGAUCAUGAUGUCGCACGAUCCUGAAGGCAAGAUGGGACCAAAGAUGCAAUUGCCCGACAACGUCGUUGUGCAUGAGCCAAAGGAAGAGGUUGUGCCAAUGAUGCCACCUCCAGAGCAGGAGGAGCAGCAGUAUAGCUACAACCAGGGCCAGGGCUACGACAACAAUCAGGGCUAUAAUCAAGGCUACAACCAGGGCUACAACCAGGGCUACAACCAGCAAGAAGGUAAUCAUGCCCGCGCCGCCGCGGAUGUUCACCUGCGGCAAGCUGCUUUGGAUGCAGAAGUUCAAGCAAAGGUGGCACAGCAGGAGCUGAAAGAGGACAGUGAAAUCCAGCUGCAGAAGCGCAAGGUGAAGGAUGCGCAAGCUCAUGUAGAUCAACUGGAAAGCGAACAGCGGGACCACAACUGA